AUGCGGGCGGCCGGCGGCGCCGGGGGAGCUCGCGCUCGUGGCCGCGGGCGCGGCCAAGCGCGCGUCGAGGGGGGCAGCCGCGCGGGCGACGCGAAGGCGCGCUGCCUGGCGACGGGGUGCUUCCGGGUGCUCGUGCCAAGCAAGGCGGCGUGGGCGUGGCCGAGGGGCUCCUGGCAGCGAGCUCUGCCCUCGGGAGCUCAGGAGUGCCCUCUGGAGGUCCUUCUUCGGCAGAACGGGGCGCUCCAGGCGGUGGGAGCGCGGCUGACUUUGGACACGGCCCCGCGGUCGAAGCAGGCGAAGGAGAUCGAGCGCCUGGCCUUCUCCAAGGGCGGGACGGCGCGCAGCACGGGGCCGAAGCGGGCCGAGCGGCUCGUGCGAGGUCCGCUCGAGCUCGGCUUCGGAGCAGAGUGCCAGCCUGCUUUGCAGUGUGGGUGGCACUCGCUCCGAGCGGCGUGCAGGAAGAGCUACUCGGAGCCUCCUCGCCGAGCUCUGCAUGAACCAGAGGCCAGAGGCUGCUCAUUGGGGAACACUAUGUUCGACACGCCGCCGGAGAAGCGGAUCACUUGCUACAACGUGGGCAAACGGCCGUGCGACCCGCCUUCCCCAGACAGCUUUGGACAAAUCGGUCGAGCUCUGAUAUCAAAGGGCUGGACCCAGCACCUCACAGACGUGCACUGUGAUCGUGACCGGGCGCUGGCGUUUCACCAUUUCUCGGUGUGUGCCGGCUUCGACCUCGAAGUGCCGUUCGACAAGAAAAUUCACACUCCGCAGCCAGAUGUCCGAGCACUCAAUUUGCUUGAUGCGGGCGAGUGGGACCAGGCUCCUCCGCAGCAGCAGCAGCAGCAGGCGACCGUCGCGGAGGCUCCGCCGCCAAAGAGCAACCUCGUGCCGCUCGACCACCUGAAGGCGAUCACCAGCGGCCGGGAGUUCUGCUACGACGACUUCGACCUGCGCGCCACGGUAGGCACCGGCACGUUCGGCCGCGUCCGCGUGGUGAAGAUCAAAGGGAGCAAGGACAGGACCCCCUUGGCCCUGAAGAUAAUGAAGAAGAGCGAGGUCAUCCGCCUCAAGCAGGUGGAGCACGUCAAGGCCGAGACGGGGAUUCUGGCCCAGAUCUCGCACCCGUUCAUCGUCAACCUCCUGGCGGCGUUUCAGGACGAGAG